CUUUUGAUGCCGAAAUGCAGCUGUCAAAUUUAUUUACGUUAGAAUUUUUGAUUUGUUUCUAAAUUUGCAUUUCUCACAGAAAUUAUAAAGACUGGAGAUUUUAUUUUAACAAAAAUCAAAAAAAUUUGCUGGUACUAAAUUGUUAAUCUUCUUUGUAAGUCAAAAUUUCAAGUUCAUUAUGUCCUUGAAGAAAGACUUCGCCAAAGUGGAGUAUCGAAUAAAACUGUUGUCGGGUAAUAAUGUAGUUCUUGUCGAAGCGAAUGGUUUCGAAUCUGAGAUAUUUGUUCCGGAAAUUCAGAAUGGACGCAUUAAUUUUCAGAACAUUAUACCCAAUAGGCGUUGUUGCCUUAUGUAUAAUCCGUUAGCGCCAAAAAAUAUAUCACGGAGAAAACGUCGUCCAAUACAAACAACAGAUCAACUAAUGGGUGUAGUAGAAAAGCAAAGGGAUAUCAUAUCACCAUGUAGAACAUGGCGCCUACAGGGCGGUGACGAAAUAAAUCGUUCGCGUUCGCCAUUAGCAUUUAGCACACCUGCACCUGCUCCGUCACCAACUCCUUCAUAUACAAUAAAGCAACAAAUGAAAUAUACAAGUAGCUCAAAUAAAGAAAAUUAUUCACAACGUCCGCGCUCUUUAGCUCAAGCAUAUCAAACAAUAGAGUUGUUGCGUGCAAAAGGGUCUACACCCAUUCAUUUCGCAAGGCGAAGUAUUGCCCAAACUCCAUGCACAAAGACAGUACAUAUACAAUGUGAACAAUCGGAAAUCGACAGACAUUUAAAUGCAAAUUGUGGUGACUCUGGAACAGGCUUCAAUAUACCAGAUGUUCCCAACAUAUCACCAAGAUUCGAAUCACCUAAUGAGAUGAAAAAUAAAACAAGGAAAUCGAAUAUACCAACUCCAGGGACAGUUACUAAGUGGCGUAAGUGUCUCACGCCUGUACGAACAUACUCUCGUCAUGGCAUUAAUGUGCCACGUUUACCUUCUAGUUCUAGUGUCAAGAAAGUGCGAAACUUAAAAAAAAAUUCUUCGACACAAGGAACUGUUGGUACGUACAAACUGGAAAUAAAGAGGCGCAAGAUAAUCGUGGAUCCCAAAACAACUAUUACACCGAAAACAUUCAAGCAGCAGCAAUAUUCUACCGCACACUUACGAGCGAAAAGCCCGGAUCGACUGUUCGCAACAACAACUGCAAAGGAUCGAAAGAAAUACGAAGUAAAUAAAAAGACUGCUUUUGAUAUGCUGACGGCACCUAGUAGGACGCCGAUGAUGUCUUCAAAGCUAACACAACAAUUUAAAAAGGCCUGCGUGAACAAGGCAUCGUCUACAUGUCCGAAAUAUAAGAUUUUAUGUAAAAUACCGCCUUUGGAGAAAGUGGAAAAAAAUCGGAAUGGAGAACGCCGGGACGGAAAUAUCGAUCGAAAUUUACCACCAAGUAAUAUAACAGUCGCCGCUAUGAUGGAGAAAGCGUGUUCGAAUGCAAUACAAUCAUCUAACCGCACCUCACAUAUGCCUCCCUUGAGAUGGUCUUUUCAACAAAUGUAACGUUGAUAUGUAAAUGAAAUUCACUUAUUAGUAAGAAUAAUUUUUGGUAAAUAGUUUUAAAUUUGAUUGAUAAUGUUUCAUAUAAUUUAGGACUAUAAUUCAUUUAUGUUUACACAAAAUUUUUUUCUUUCUAUUUUACUCGAAUUCAAGCGAGUAACUGCGGCUUCGUUUUGUGAAAGUAUUUUGGCUACAUGAACUGCAAUAGAGGUGAGUUCAUAUUGCCGUUUUGCAAUCAAUGUAGCCAUUCAAUAUUUUCAAUACAAAAACACAUGUCUUGAACAUGUUUGCCAGGAAAUUAUGAAAUUAUAUUUGUUUGUAAGAAUGUAUCGUCUCUUAAAUGCGUCCACAAUGCAAAAAUUUUUUUUAAUACGGUUAUUAUAUUGCUAUGUUUUUUAGGCAAAAUUUUACUUCGUCUCUUAAUUUAUGUAUAAGACAUUUGGACUUUUAUUUAUUAUGGUAAAUAUUUAGAUGGGUACUUUGUAUAAGUGUUGUAAGAUAAAUAUUUGUACGCAUUUGUAUAUUAGCCAAUUAUUUGAUGUUAUUAAAUACGCAAUUUUAAUAAUAUUGCAAUCAAUUACAAAUAAAAACAAUUGAUUGGUAUAUUAAUAUUUGUAAAAACACCAAUUUUUAUUUAUCUAUUUACUUUUGCUAGCGAAUAUUAGCGAACACAUUCGGAUUGCUAUUUGAAUUAAUAUUAAUAUUACAAUUAAUAUCCUUAAACCAAUAAUAUACUCCUAUAUGUAUGCUAAAAUAUAUCUAUAUUAUAGAGCUAGACCUAUUUUCGACUUAAUAUCACGAUUUAUUAUACUACACAUACAACAAAUGUGUCUUAUGUAAUGUCAUCUUCGGCAACGGAAGCAGGAUUUGAAAGCUCGCUUGAUGGCGCGCACAUUGUGAAUGACUUGUUCCUGAAAAUGAUAUUUGCAUGUUUAAAUUCAAAUCUCAUUGAAUGCUAUUGUAUUACGGUGUACCUGCAUUAAAUUGAAACACAUAGCAAUAAGCGCCAUACCAAGUAGGAGAUAGACAGCACAAAGUAUAAAACUAACCUCAACUUUGUCUUUAUCGGCAGUAAUCUGGAAAGGAAAAAUUGUGAGUUUUGUUUGACAAUUCUUGAAUAUAUAUUGAGGAGUAUACCACCCGUUCACCUGGCACCAAAUCCCCAAAACCGAUACUACUUAAUGAUAUGAAACAAAAGUAGCUGCCGUCCAAAUAGUCCCAUGCCUCCCAACGGCUGAACAAAAUAGCUCCAGCUAAUAUAUAACUGUGAAAUUCAAUAAUCUUAGCCGAGUUUUAUAAAUCAUUGUAUGUUCUAUAGUACCUACCUAAUCAUAAUGACUACGCAAACCAUUAGCGGUACAGUGAUUUCGUCAGUAUUCAUUCGUAUUUCUCUUUCAAUAUCGGAAUCAUUUUCUACUUCAAAGUUUUCCAACGCACUCAUGCUCUGUGUCGAAGUUUCAGUCUCGUCACUGUAGUAACUGCUCGAUGAGCUGUUACUGUUUC